GAAAUACCGCCGCUCCCAACAGAAGCGACCCACCCUUCCCUGAGGUUGCACCCAGCCUGGCUCGAAACGACACCCGCGGGAUUGGACGGAAUCCAAAAGCGGAACCCGAAACCGCGCGGCCGGAAGAGAAAACAGACCCGCAGACGCUGGGAGGAGAGUGGUGCGCUGGACCCGCCCCACCGGAUGUGUCCUGGACACGCCCCGGCACCGCCCCGCGACGCACGCGCGUGCGCCAUUUUCUGCAGCCCCGGAAGCUGAUCCAGCAGGGCAACGUGCGCUGUGGGGUGAGCGAGUCUCCAUUUUUCUGGUUCGCACCAGCGGUUGCGCUGCUCAGUGCCUGGGGCUCCACCCCAGGUUCCGGGGUCGCCUGUAUAACCUUACUUGAGAAGGAAGACCAGAAGAAGAGGGAAAAAAGAAGGAAUGGCUCUUUUCCAGGGACGGUUGACCUUCAGGGAUGUGGCCAUAGAUUUCUCUCAGGAGGAGUGGGAGUGCCUGGACCCCGCUCAGAGGGCUUUGUACAAGGAUGUGAUGUUGGAGAACUACAGGAACCUGGUCUCCGUGGGUGAGGAUAACUUGCCUCCAGAAGUCGGAAGCCUUUCUCCUGGAUUUGCAGUCAAGGAAUUGUCAUCAGUAGAGGACAUUUAUAAAGGAAAAUUUUACCACUUAGUGAUAUUGGAGAGAAAUGAAAGCCAUGGCAUCAAGAAUUUUGAUCUCAAGGAAGUCUGGGAAAAUAGGCAUGAGGUUGAAAAUCGGUGGGGAGAUGAUGCAAGAAAUUACAAAGAAGUGCCUUUAACUCAUAACAAAAAUCUCACUUGUAGAAAAGAUCAGCCACUUAAUCAGCCUUCAUUUACUCUUCCUGAAAAGCAGAGUGUUUCUGUGAGAAAAAAUACAUACCAGUAUGUCAUGAAUAAUGAACCAUUCAUCAGGACUUUGUUACAACAGGACAGUAACAUAAGUGGUUCUGGAAACCAGUAUAUAAACUGCUUGGAAAAUAGAAUUGGAUUAAGUUUACAGGCACACCUGGGUGAACUCCAGAGAUUUGACAGUGAGGAGGAAAUGUAUGAAUGUAGAAAUCCAAUUGAGAAGUCUGUCAGCAAUGGUUCCUCAGUCUCACCAGUUGAAAGAAUUCCUCCCAGGACCCAAAACAUUUGGAAUAAAUCUAGGAAGAUUUUUCAUUUGUUACCUGCCCAAGCCAGGAGAGGAUACACCAGAGGAAAAUCUUAUAAAUGUAAUGAAUGUGGGAAGGAUUUUAGCAAGAGCUCAAACCUCAUGAAUCAUGAGGGUAUUCUUUCUGGACAGAGACCUUACAAAUGUAAUGCAUGUAGCAAAGUGUUUGUUGUGUGUUCAAGCCUUACUCAAGAUAAGAAAAUCCAUACCAGUGAGAAACCUUACAAAGGUAAUGAGUGUGCCAAAGCGUUUACCCAAUUUGGCAACCUUAGUAGUCAUCAGAAAAUACAUGCUGGGGAGAAACAGCACAAAUGUAACGUGUGUAACAAGGCUUUUAUCCAAAGGUCAAGACUUAAGGCACAUCAGGUAAUUCAUACAGGAGAAAAACAUUAUAAAUGUACUAAAUGUGAUAAGGCUUUUAUCAAACAUUCAGCACGUUUGCGUCAUGAGAGAACUCAUACCGGUGAGAAACGUUACAAAUGUAUUGAUUGUGGCAAGGCCUUUUUGAGGAGUUCACACCUUACUCAGCAUAAGAGAAUCCAUACUGGAGAGAAACCUUACAAGUGUAGUGAAUGUGGCAGGGCUUUUAACCAAUUUUCACACCUUUGGUGUCAUGAGAAAAUUCAUACUGGCGACAAACCUUACAAAUGUAAUGAGUGUGGCAAAGCCUUUACCCAGGCUUCAAGACUCACUAAACAUCAGAGAGUCCAUACAGGACAGAAACCAUAUAAAUGUAAUGAAUGUGGUAGGGCUUUUAUCCAAUCUUCACACCUUAGGCGUCAUGAGAAAAUUCAUACUGGUGACAAACCUUACGUAUGUCAUGAGUGUGGCAAAGCCUUUACCCAGCGUUCAAAACUCACCACACAUCAGAGAGUCCAUACAGGAGAGAAAGUAUAUAAGUGUUUCGUAAGUGGCAAAUCCUAUAGUCAAAAUUCAAACCUGGCAAAUCCUCAGAGAAUGCAUACUGGAGAGAAACCUUACAAAUGUAAAGAGUGUGGCAAAUCAUUUACACAAUUUGGAAAUCUCACUAUGCAUCAGAAAAUACACACUGGGGAAAAACCACACAAAUGUAAUGUGUGUGACAAGGCUUUUAUCCAAAGGUCAUACCUUGUGGCACAUCAGAGAAUUCACACAGGAGAAAGACCUUAUAGAUGUAAAAAAUGUAGUAAGGCUUUUGUCAACCAUUCAGAACUUUUGCGUCAUGAGAGGACUCAUACUGGUGAGAAACCUUACAAAUGUAUUGAUUGUGGCAAGGCCUUUUGGAGGAGUUCACAUCUUAUUCAGCAUAAGAGAAUCCAUACUGGUGAGAAACCUUACAAGUGUAAUGAAUGUGGCAGGGCUUUUAACCAAUUUUCACACCUUUGGUGUCAUAAGAGAAUUCAUACUGGCGACAAACCUUACAAAUGCGAUGAGUGUGGCAAAGCGUUUACCCGACUUGGAAAACUUACUAAUCAUCAGAAAAUACACACUGGCUAGCAACCACCCAAAUGUGAUGUGUGUAACAAGGCUUUUAUCCAAACAUCAGGCCUUUGGCACCUCAGAGAAUCCGUACAGGAGAAAAACCUUGUAAAUGUACUAAAUGUGAUAAAGCUUUUAGCACACGUUGAGACCUUUGUAGUCAUGAGAGUACUUCUACUGGAGAGAAACUUUACAUAUGUAGUGAGUGUGGCAAAACCUUUGCUGAGCACUCACAUGUUAACAGAAAAAUCCAUACUAGAGAGAAACCUUAACAUGUAAUGAGCGUGGCAAAGCGUUUACCCAAUUUGGAAACCUUACUGGGCCUCAGAAAAUACACACUGGGCAGAAACCACACAAAUGUAAUGUGUAUAACAAGGCUUUUAUCCAUUGUUCAAGUCUUAUGGCACAUCAGAGAAUUCAUACAGCAGAAAAACCUUACAAAUGUAAUAUGCGUAAUGAGGCUUUUAUCAAACAUUCUCACCUUUGGUGUCAUGAGAGAUCUCAUACUAGAGAGAAAGUGUACAAAUGUAUUUAGUGUGGAAAAGCCUUUAUGGAGCAUUCACAUCUUACUCAGUGUGAACCUAAUAUGUGUGGCAGUGCUUAUAUUCAAAGCUCAAGCUUUGGGGAGCAUCAAAGAAUUCAUAGGAGAAAAAAACAAUGAGCAAGGGUUCAACACUUGCUCAGCAUCAGAGAUUCCAUCAUGGAGAGGAACCAUAUGAAACUAACAUAACAUAAGUGGGAAAUCUUGUAACCAGGGUUCACAACUCACCUGAUAGAAUAGAAGCCUCUGAAAGGAAGAACACUGAAGGAAUGUAUGACAGGGCUUAUCCAAAGCUUAUUUUAAGUUGUGGAAUGUAAUUUCUACUAGAGAGAAAAACCUUACAAAUAAAAUAGGUUUGAUCUGGGUUAUAAAAAAUAUACAAAUUGGGGAGGGGAUAAAAAUAGGUCAAUGGAGUUAGGAGGUACAGACUUCCAGUGAUAAGAAAACAAAAUGUACAACUUUGUGCUUUGUGGUCUAGAAAGAAUUCACAUAACACGGAAACCAUACAAAUGUGUCAAUGUCUUUAUCUCAGGAAAUACUGAAGAAUUCAUUCUGGACAGGAACAUUAACGUAUAACGAAGGCGGUAAUUUGUUUAGCCAGUUCUUCAAUGGACUACAAUUUAAAACUUCACACUAGGGGGAAGUAGGUCUAUUUUGAGGAUUAACCAAUCUUAGGUGUUAAGUUCCACAGAAAAUUAAAAUUAUUUAAAACUCAUGAGAUGGUGUGUCAAUGGUACAAGUAUAUCUGUGGAAAGACCUAAUCAUCUUUUGUUCAAAUAUUUUAUAAAGAUUUUAUUUUCUUCUGUGCACACAACAUGGGGCUCAAACUCACAACCCCCAGAGCAAGAGUCACAUGCUCUUUUGGCUUAGCUUGCCAGAUUAACAUUUUUUUACUCAAUUAUUUGAGGUUUCUGGUUUUUUUUUUUUAAUGUUUUUAUUUUUCAUAGAGUGAGAGGAAGAGAGAUCUAGUGGGAGAGGGGGAGAGAGAGAGGGAGGCAAUCAGAAGUAGGCUCCAGGCUUUAAGCUGACAGCAGAGAGCCAGACUGGAGUGUUGAACUCAUGAACCACAAGAUGACCUGAGCCGAAGUUGGAUGCUUAACCGAUUGAGCCAUCCAGGCACCCCAAUUAUUUGAGGUUUCUUGACACUACAUUUUUAUUGAUGACUUAUAACCUCAAGUUUGGAUUCCAUUGAUGUUAUAAUUUCAUUAUAUGUGUUUCAUUGACAACCAUAGUGGUGGUCUCAGAGAAAGCAUCUGUAUGGUGAAUGGAACCUCUUCAAUGGGGGUGAGGGGCUUAGUCAUACCUAUAUAUAUCCCGGGAAAACUGGUAUGCUAAGUUUAAGAUAGACUAUACUAUAUACAUUUGGGAGCAUAGGGAGUGGCAAGGAAUAAACCUAAAACUCUUAUGUAAAUUGUAAUGUUUUCUUUGUGGUCACAGCCCCUUCUCUGGAUUUGUUGGUACGAUUGAGCACCUUUGUUGAUUACUACAGGAAAGAAUUACUCUAUCAGAUAGUUGACCAUGAAGCAGUAGGUCAGGACAUUGAGAGAAUAUUUUCAAGUAACGCUGGGUUACUUAGGAUGGCAUUUGUACUAGAGAAAAUGGACAGUGAGCAAUGGCCUCUCCUUUUGAAAGGUAAUAGCUAUUAUAUAUCAUAGAUGAGUAAAAAUUCAUCUUAAUUUUGGGAACUGAAGAGAAAGUUCUAGAGGACAUUUAAAUCAAAAGAACCAAAGUAGGAUUGCCUGUGUGGUUCAGUAUGUUGAGUAUUUGACUCCAUUUUGGCUCAGGGUCAUGGGAUCAAUCUUUACGUUGGGUUCUCCACUGAGUGUAGAGCCUCCUUACAAUUCUCUUUCUCUCUGCCGCUUUCUGCUACCUGUGCUCUCUCUCAAAAAACAAAACAAAAAUACACCCAGAAGUAGUAUGCUUGUAAAAGAUGCAAAUUUGGGCACUGAAAUUGCAUUUUGAUUCCAUUUUUUUUAGGAUACCCAAUUUCUCAUAUCUAAGUAAGUAAAAUAUAAGCUUUUGUGUAAACCUAAA